AUGGUUCAGCCUUUGAAUCUCUUCCUGGUCCUGAGCCAGGUACUAGCGGCAUAUGCCAUCGUUUUAGAUAUACCACACAGCCCUCGAGCUGGACGACAAAUUGUCGACGCAAGUUAUCAGGCUUUUUCUAUCGAAUUUUUCUCUUUUUUGGACUAUUCAAGUAACUCUACAUAUUCAAACCCGCUAAACUAUAACCUUGUCAAAAAUAUUCGGGAAAUAGGAAAACGUCCAAUCAAUGUCCGCAUUGGAGGCUCUUCACAGAACCAUGUCUGGUGGGCCCCAGACCAGGAGGAGGGGCUACGCGCUUGGUUCUGGCCAGACAGCACUGGCUACCAGAAGACUUACAAUGUUACUAUUGGCCCCAAAUUCUACGAUGCUUUUGACGCAUGGCCAUCAGAUACGGAGUUCACGCUGGGCUUGCCCUUCUCAUAUUACAACUACAGCUACCUUGAAAGCAAUAUCGAGAUCGCAAGGCGAGCACACGUAAAGCUUGGAAACAGGCUCACUGGCUUGCAGGUCGGCAAUGAAAUGAAAGCGCCAGCGUUUCGUUUUCUCGAGCCGCAGACACCAAGCGACUACGUUCCUCAUUGGCUCAACUAUGUUUACAACAUAAGCAACGCUGUUUUUGGCAAGCAAAAUGAACGAGUAUGGACCAUAGGGGCAUUCCAGGCCCCGACAUGGAUCAAUUGUUCGGACCCUCUGUCAAUUGAUUGCUGGAGUAUCCGAUCAAUUCUAGAACUUGGUAUCAAUGCAGAGGAUCUGGGCGUGGCCGCGGAUGUUCACGAGUAUAUGGAGACAUCCUCAUCCAACUACGUGGAUCGACAAUUUCUAAUGAAUCACAAUAAUACCAUUUAUUACCCUGACAGCAACGCUGAGCUUGCAGCUUAUGCCAAGUCCAAAGGGCUUGACUAUUGGCUCGGAGAGACGAACUCUAUCUCUGGCCAUGGAAAAAUCAAUGUCUCGGACACUUUCGCUGCCGCCCUUUGGAACAUUGAUUAUACUCUCUAUUGCGCUCAGACCAACAUUAGCCGUCUAGGAUUCCACCAGGGUAUUGGAUGGAAAUACUCCGCUUGGAACCCUAUCGAAAUGUGGGUUUAUCCCUCCGGCGUCAUGGCAUCUUACUACGCCUGGCUUGUCGUUCAGACUGCAUUAGCUGGAGCGGGCAAGCAAGUCGAGCUCCUAAUAUCAGAGAAACACCUCGUCGCGUACGCCAUAUACGAAGUCGGGAGACAUCGGCGGCUUGACACAAACUUGUCAUCAAUUGUUAUUGUCAACUUGGAAGAUUGGGACUCUACCAAUGAUGCAACAAGUCGGCCUUAUGUGGAGUUUGAGUUGCCACGGAAUAUCAGUCGCAAAGCUCAGUUAUCCAGAUUAACAGCUGCUGGUGCAGAUGUCAAGGCUGCACGUGCAAUAACUUUUGCUGGUCAACUGGUGAACGAGACAGGCAUGAUUGAAGGCGAUCGGCACGUGGAAAAGUUGGACAGAUCUGGAAAAGUCAAAGUUUUGUCGAGUGAAGCUGUGCUAAUAUCCUUUGCUCAUUAG